UGUGAGUUGUGACCGAUUUGUGAACAUGAUAUGGUGCUUUUUUUAUUGUGCUCUGCUGUAGUUUAUACCGGAAUCAUACGGAUGACGCCAGGAGGAUAAUUAGGGCAAAGGAUCAGAAGCGCGUUGUACGUUUAUUGCGGGCGAUACGAUACGAGCAACUAGAAGAAAGCAAUGAUUGUUUAGUGAUAAGAGCCAUCGGAAAAAUCGAAACAAAACGGUGUUCCGUUGGAACGAACGAAACACGUAACUGUGCCAAUAAAAUUGAUAAAGCAAAAGUGAUGAGCCAACUCACCGAAAACAAACAGAGAGUGCCUACGUGAGAGAGAGAUAACGCAGAUAAAACAGAGCGCGCGAAUAAAAUUUGUUAGGAAUAUUUAAGUACAGAGAUAAAAAAUGAACCAUGAUGAUACAAAGGAAGUUGCCUAUAUUAAAUCAAACCAAUUGUGUCUAAUCAAAACGCGCGCCAUUACCGUGCGGAACGCAACUGGCAGAGUAAAAGAGAGAUGCCGAUUGGAACGUAAAACCAAAGCCCAUAUGAAACAAACAAUCUAUUCAAUGAAGCAUCACAUGUGAAACUUCAAUCUACUUUUAAAAGUUUUCUUAUAAAUUAAUUUAAACUAUAUUUAUGUAUUUAUAGUAAACCUAAUUUAUUUAUUUAUUUAACUUAUUCAAAACCCUCAAAUCGGAUCGUUCAGUAAAACUUCAUCGCACGUUCGAGUCAGUAAAAUUAAAAUUCUAAAAACCCACUAAUUUAUUUCAUCAACCAAAAAACAAAGUCAUUAAAUUUACGAAGCAAGAAAAAAUCGAUUGUUUAACAGUUCUGAAAGCAAAACCAAACUAAACAAACAACAGCAAAGUACAAAUUAAGCACUAAAAGAAUCCAUUUACACAAACAAAUUUAAACGAAAAAAAAAAAACAAGACAGAGAAAAAAAGAAAAAAAAAUCUAUUUGUAGUCCGAGCUAGCUAGCUGACAAUAAGUCGAUUGAACCGAAAACCGUUGCAAAACAAAGGCACAAAUUUUCUCGCCGGCAGUAUUACUUUCGUUUUCACUCAUAAACAAAACACAAAAACAAACACAAAACAAGCAAGUACAAAACAAAUCAGUAACAAAGAAGAUAGCAAAAAACUAAACAAAACAAAGUAAUAGUCUCUAACCGAAAAACAAACAAAACAAAAAUAGUGAAAAUCAACCACAAAUCGUGAAAGUGUUCAAAUUUUGAUCUUAAGUGACAAUGUUACCUUCACCGAGGGAGAAAGAGAGCAAGCGAGCAGCGAGCUGGCGGUGAUUUAUUUUUGAUACGAGAGUGACAGAACAAACAGAACGCAGAACCAUAUUUACCCCCUGACGUGAAACCGCAGGAAAAAAAUUGCGCAAAUCAGUCGGCACCGACGGGAGGUGCCGCAGUAGUGAAAAACAAAUAUAUACCUACUAUCAAACAGAAUCUUAGUAAAGAAAAACAAAAACAGAUAAACUAAAUAGAACAACUACGGUGUUUUGUUAAUCGUGUUCAGAUAUCUACCUCUCUCAGGAAGGGAAGAGCAAACCAAAACCAAAAUAAAAACCCAGUGAGCUUUGAACGAAUCCAGUGUUGAACUUUGUACUACCUAGUUCGGUUUUCGAUUGUAUUUUUUCGGAAGAUUUCGGUUUCUCUAGUCUUGAACUUGAACGUACUGUGAGUGCACUAGGCGAGCGCGAUUGGUCGAACAAUAGUGAACGAACAACUGUGACUUUGUGUGUGUGUACUAGCUAAACAAAACGUAAGAUGUAGUAUGACAUCGAUGAUGAGUGCUAGCACUGCGGAGGAAACUACGGAUCAUAGUUUACCUUCGUUUGCCUCAUUCACCGCCGAGCUGGAGCCCUCAUGGGACUACUACGACCGUCAGGAGCGCUCAAACGGUUCCGCUAACGGAGGUGAUGUAAUUUCGUCCCAGACAAGCAAUAGUAGCUAUACAAGACCUUGGGAGAUGGAUACCAAGGAUCAACGCGCGACCAUCAGUAAUGGAAGCGGUGGUGGAGGUGGAUUUGAACCGUUUCCGAAGCUACCGUCCUUCCAGAGUCAAUUUCACGGAUACUCGGAGACGGCCAUGGCAACGGAUCCCAGUUUGCCCCAAGUUACGGCCGUCCCAGUGCCAAUUUCUCCGAGCUCCGCAUCACCAAAUACGGGUGGUUCGCUAACUCAGUUAACGCAGCUCACACCGACUCCACUGACACCACUACAGGGUGGUCUCACGCCAAUCGGAGGCUCCAGUUUCCACACGCUCAGUGCUGUGAAUCCUCGUCCGUACCCUAUAGUACCUGCCCCUAUUCAGGCCCGUGAUAUACAAACCAUUAACCAGCAGUACAUUGAUGAGCGCCACAUACAGCUGUACCAGCCGAUCUCUAGCUUUCAACCGCAAUCCAUUCCCACCGUAACGGUCAUCAAGAACGAAGUGGUUGACUUCGACUUAGGUCCGUUGAAGAACGGAACCCUUCAUCAUAGCAAUUUCCAGAACCCACUGCUGGACAAUACCAUCUUUUCGCACAAUGGAGCCCAUGCUCAGACACCGCCUCAGUCCCAUCCGCAACACCAUCAUCACCAACCAUCGCAGCAUCAUUUGCAUCAAUCUCAGCACAAUCUGGUGACUCCAGCGAUUCAGGAGCACCACAUCACCAACAACAGCAAGCUCUCCAGUUCCUCGGCGAACCUGGACAGCAGUACUCACACGUCAGCGCAGAUAACGCGGAUCGCUGACAAUCGGAAAAAGGAACGGCGGAAAAUGCGGGCCCCCUCGCUCGAGUCCAGUGCCGAGUCCGAGGGAAGUGCAAUGGAAAUUGGCGAAAGUGGCAAUCCGGGACAGGUGGCGGCUAUCUCCAGUACCGCCAACUUCAAGAGUCCCAUGCAUACCAUGAGCAUGGACACCGACGACGGUGGCCUACCGGGUGAGAAGCAGACAAAGAAAAAGCGCAAGCGUUGCGGUGAGUGUAUUGGCUGCUCGCGCAAGGAUAACUGCGGCGAUUGUGCGCCCUGUCGGAACGACAAGAGCCACCAGAUCUGCAAAACCCGACGCUGCGAAAAACUGACGGAGAAAAAGAUUCUCUACGGUCCCGACGGCCAGCUACUGAAGCCCGAAUCGAAGCGUGGCCGCGGUAAGGGUCGAUCGUCCAAAGCAGACAAAGCAGCCGCCGCCGCCAGCAACAAUGGAGGUGCCACCACUGAUGCCAACGGAGCGGUCGUGACGUACGACGCGAACGGACAACCUGUGCCUGGAAAACGUGGCCGCGGUAGAGCACGCGGUAGUGGGGUGAGUUUGAAAAAGAAAGCAUCCUUACUCGGUUCACAAACAACAUCUAGUGGACGCGGUCGCAAGGCGUUGAGUCUUGGUGCAACACCGAAGAAUCUUCCACAGCAGAACACAUCGGCCAGUCCGGCACCGGCUUCGUUGCCGCAUCCGUCACCGAAUACUACCACAACCGGAGCAGCCGGCCCCGUCGGUAAUGUUGUCCAAUCGAGCCAACUGGUGACCGUAUCCGGGGCCCAGACAGGUGUCGUGCAGAAUACGCUGCUGGCCAAUAACAACCAAGCCAGCGCACCGCCCCAGCAGGCACUGCAGCAACAGCAACAACAGCAGCAGCAGCAGCAACAACAACAGACGGUUUUGCCGCAACAGCAGCAGCACCACCAUCAACAGCAAGUGCCAACCGGGGUAAUCAAAGCCGAAGUAAUGAAGGAUCAACCGCAGCAACCGAUGGCACCAAUGGCGUUCUACCCGACCUGGCAAGCUGAUCCGUCACAGGGUUGGCAAAAUCAAUUCAUCCAGCAAAUACCGCAGAACACUCCCGCUAUCACACCGCUAAAUUCGCUCGAAUUCCAGCCACAGGGUUAUGCCGCCUAUCAACCGAACGGUUAUGUCCAAACAGCCGGUAUUGGUUUUGAUCCCAAUUACGGUCGGACGUACGCCGCGCCACCAACCGUACAGCGCUACGAAUUCCAGACCAACCAGAUCACGCCCAUUAAUCAAGUAUCGCUGCAGAGCGUUUCCUUUGCACCGACCGUUACCUACGCCGGCCAAGUAUCGACCGGACCCGCCGUAGUUUCCCACAAUCCCCACGAUCAGUUCAACUUGCAGCUAAACAAACAGACGUCGGGAAACGACAUGCCUGGAUAUCCACGGGUGAACAGCGUACCGCCGCGCUCACUCAAUUGUAAUGGAUAUUCAGGCCAACAAGAAUAUGGCGGCCAAACCACUACCCAAGCUAGUUCGGCAACAACUAACGUGACCAAUGCUAACGGAACAUCCACCAGCACCGGAACUAGUGGUUCCGGAGGGAGCUCUUCAAUGCAUCCACCAGCACAGGUACCACAGUCGCCGAACCGACAAUCCCAGCAGCAGCAACCUCCUCGUCCCAACUCCAACCAGCAGCUGUACGCACACCAAUCUCCUAAUCCCUACAACAGCAGCGGAAACAACAGCUUGCAGCAGUCACCAAAUCACAACAAUGGUGCUAAUAGCGCAAACAACAACAACGUCUACGCGCAGCAAUCGCACAGUGGCAUGCACACUCCUUCGCCCAUGCAAACGCCAGACAAUCAUCAGUCUCCAAACCACCUAAAUAGUAACCAACAACAGCAACAACAAUCCCAGGGCGAUUGGGGAGGCUGGAAUCAACAGCAGCAAUCACCCGACCUGUUCAACCAAUCGGAUCGGGUAAAUUUGAAUUCGCGAAUAAAAACGAUGAUCAUGAACAAAAACGAUCCUAAGGAUGUGAUCGGGGGAUUGCAGCCCACCGGUCAACACAUGACUCAUCUAGGCGUCCAAAGCCCAGUGCUAGGACAAGGGCCGGCUCAACAACAGACCGGUCAUUUUUUAUCGUAUAGCCACCAUCUUCGAGACAGCCUAACGCCUACAACGCUGGCCUCCGGUCAGUCACCGAUUCCGGCCUCAGCAAUGAUGGGCGGCGGAACAGGCAGUGGCAGUAACAGUACUUCCAACGAUGGUACUAUCGGAGAUGGUGGCGGUCUGAUCAACAGUAUCAGUAAUAUUGUUGAUCCUAACUGGAAGCAAAGUAGCAAAUCGCCUGGCCUCGGACCAAUGGAGAGCAACGAUCCAGCCGGCAGAGCAGAGCACGAACAUCAUACGCUUAUUGGCGAUCUUCAUCACGGUAGUAAGCAUCAGGGUUUUGAGCAGAAGCAGCAACUAAUCGACAAGAGUAAUACCGAUCCCGGAGGUGGUGGUCUGCAUCACGACUCCGGUGGCGGCGGCGGCGGCGGACAUGAUAGCAAACAUAAGCCGAAUUCCUCCAAAUCGUCGUCUUCAUCAUCGUCCUCCUCCAAGUCUAAGAGCGGUAGCCAUAAGAGUAGCGAUAAGCAUAGCAAAUCGAAAAACAAUCAUCAUCUCGACAUGAAUCAACAGAUAGACUCUAACAAAUCUUCCAGUAAUCUUAAUAGCUAUUCGAGUAGUAGUUUUAUGAACGACCAUCACUCGUCGUCAUCUUCGUCGUCGCCGUAUCCGAAUCUUAAUCAAACAUAUCCAGCAUCCAAUCACAGCAGUAGUAGUAGUAAUGCAACAUCACUAGUGCUUGGUGGCUACUCAAGCCACCUGGACAGUAAACUAGAUGACAAAAGCCCGCUAAACCGUUUCCGUCAUGACAACUUGAACAGUGGCUUCAACCCACACCUCCCACAUCAUCAACAAACGUCUCACAUGCACAGCGGAGCAUUCCAUCAUCCACAAACCGCUGGCAGCGGUAGUUCCUCCAGUUACAAUCUAAUGAAUGUAAAAAAAGAGCCUGGAUUACUCGAGGACGUCGGGCAGCCGGCGAAAUUCGACGGCUACGAAAAGAACUACCAGAAUUUCAUUCGUUACGGGGAUUAUGGUGACGCCGGUCAACCACCACAAUCUCAAGCUCAGCACACCAGUUCUGGUCUCUCUGGUUCAACCAAAUCCGAGUACAAUAGCUACUACUCGCCCUAUGGAAGCUAUCCAGGGUACCAGAACUAUCCCAAUUAUCACAACCAGAACUUUAACAGCACUUCCACUGGCAGCACGCUUCCUCCAACACCAGAGCUGAGUACACCAUUGCCAGCAAUAACUACUCCGGUAGCUCAUCAAACCAAUUUCGAACAGCAGAUUCCUGCCCACACGUAUCCAAUUCCAAAAAACAGUAGCUUACCGCAAGCAGAUAUUCCCAUCAAGCUGGAAACCGAGGAUAGCUCAUAUCUCAAUCCCAGCGCCAACAGUGGAUCAUCGUUGGGUGAUCCGGUUCCUACAACGCCAACAACGGCAACGAAUAAUGUUCCACCGGCCACAUCCGAACCGGAGCCUCCUCCUGUGACCAACGCUGCAGCACCUGCGGCUGCCACACCAGCAACAAGCAAAUCCAAGAAAUCUGACAAAAAGGACAAAGCCAACAAGGACUCUUCCGCAGACGGGGAGAUCAAAACCGAACCCGGCAGCAACAGCGGCGGCGGUGGAAGUAGUAAAUCCAGCAAAAAGAAGGAAUCAAAGGGCUCGAAAAAAGAACAGGAAGCCGCCGCUGCCAAGCAGGCUGAGGACGAGAAGUUGGAAAAGGCCCACAAACCUGAGGCACCGGAUUGCGACUGUUUUGCGUCGUCCGACACCAAACCGCCGUCCGAACCGGGAAGCUAUUAUACCCAUCUAGGCUGUGCAUCGUCUUUGGAGGAACUGCGUCGAGAAACGGAAACUCGAGUCGGUCUCUCCGGCAAGCAACUGCGGAUAGAGAAAGUAGUGUAUACUGGCAAGGAGGGCAAAUCUAGCCAAGGUUGUCCGAUUUCAAAAUGGGUUAUCCGCCGGGUUGAUCCCGAAGAAAAGCUGCUCUUCAUUGUGAAGCGAAGACAAGGGCAUCGAUGCAAGGCGUCCUUCAUUGUGAUAUGUAUCGUAGUCUGGGACGGUAUUCCGACACAGGAAGCCGAUAGCGUGUACCGAAUGCUGGCAGUCAAACUGAACAAAUACGGUCUUCCAACGGUUCGUCGCUGUGCGACGAAUGAGAACCGAACGUGCGCCUGUCAAGGUCUCGAUCCGGAAACGUGCGGCGUAUCCUACAGCUUCGGCUGCAGUUGGUCAAUGUACUAUAAUGGUUGCAAGUAUGCGCGAUCCAAAACGGUACGUAAGUUCCGUCUGUCAGUCAAGAAUGAAGAAGCGGAGAUCGAGGAACGUAUGAACAUUUUGGCGACAAUGUUGAGUCCACUGUAUGUUACGGUAGCCCCGCAGGCGUUCCAGAACCAAGUGCAAUAUGAGAGGGAAGCCCCUGACUGUAGGCUGGGCCUGAAACCCGGGAAACCCUUCUCAGGUGUCACGUGCUGUUUGGAUUUUUGCGCCCACACACACCGAGAUCUGCACAAUAUGCAGGAUGGCUGCACGGUGCAAGUUACGCUGCUUAAGCCGUUACCUCCUGGCGUCAAAAGUGACGAUGAACAACUGCAUGUCCUGCCGCUCUACACCAUGGACACGACCGAUGAAUUCGACAGUGAGGAAGGCCAGAAAAAGAAGGCCAAGAGUGGAGCUGUGCAAGUGCUGGAGAAAUUUCCAACUGAAGUUCGCGUGAGAUCUACUCCUCUUCAGCCUUGUCGACGUCACGGAAAGAAACGUGGUAACGGUAAGGAUGAGAAGGCCAAAGAUGGUGACAAUUCCAACAAUGAAGAAUCAGUUCCGGAGACGCCUCCACCUCCACCUCCGCCGACGAAAAAAGAAAGUAAAUCCAAAAGCAAGAAAGGUUCCUCCAGCUCAGGCAACAAUAGUAACAGUACUACCAGUGGUAACGCCAAUAACAGCAACCAAAAUAGUCAGAGUUCUUCAGGUUCUGGGUCACCAAGGUCGCACACGCCCGGCAACAAUAGUUCAAAAUCCAGCAGCAGCGGCGGAAAUGGUUCCAAUAACGGGGAGCUCAGUGAUAAGACGGGUAGCGGUCAGCUACCCCCAACUGGAAAUAAUGGAUCAACCAGUGCAUUCACGGCGCCAAACACCAUCAAUUCGCCAAACAAUGCUGGUAACACGAAUAGCACUCUCGUCGAUAUGGCAUCUAUGAUCGACAACUUUACAGAUGCCCAACUACAGUCGAACCAGAUAUCUAGCACGGUACUGGAUUCACCGUAUAGCUAUGAUUACAACACUGGGCAAUACAUCGACAACCGUCAAUACUACAACAACUGGCCGACGGAUUACUACGGCAAUCGAACCGAUCCGAACAAGAUGCUGGGUCGUAACGAAGAAAUUCCAGACACCACAACUCGACCUGGCAGUAACAGCAGUAAUUCAGCAUUCAGUCCAAGUAUUCCGGAUCCAACUAAGACGCCAACUCCGAUCCAUAUGGAUGACUACAGCACUACUAAACUUAGUCAACAGCAGAGCCAAAACACGUACCACACGCUGCAACAGCCCGAACAAGGUUUUGUCAAACCCAAACCACCAGACUACAAUCCCGGCUAUGGCUAUCAUCCCAACACACCGAUGAGCUAUGGUUACCAUCCACCGUACACUCCGUACGACCCCUACCAGAACUACAACUACGGCUAUCCGCCACAAACCUACCAUCCAACAUAUCACAACAUGUACUCAGCUACACAGACACAGUUGCCUGGAACUGGGCCUGCUCCACCACCGCCUCCAACGGCCGUCAUCCCCGCACCUCCUCCACCCUCUAACUGGAACCUUUAUCCUCCACAUCCACAUCAUCAGACACAUAUCCCGCCAAGCACACCAUCACAGCUACACGCGCCACAUCAACCACAUCUCGGACCAAAACAGCAAGAUCUUCCGCCGGUCAUGCAGCAAGCUCCGCAACCACCAGCCCCUCCACCACCACCGAAGGAAACGCUUGGUGAGGUGACCGAAACGAAUGAGAAUGUUGACUGCUUCGAGGACCCACAGAUGGGCGGUGUGGCGAUUGCUUUACCACAUGGCAGUGUCGUCAUUGAAUGCGCCAAGCUGGAGAUGCACUCCACAACUGCGCUGAAAAAACCCAAUCGACUGAACCCCACACGAAUGACACUCAUCUUUUACCAGCAUCGGAACCUGAAUCGACCAAAACACGGUAUCGCCGAGUGGGCGGAGAAAAUGCGACUGAAAAAGUUAGGCGUAGCCACCAACGAUCCGAUCGAUGACAAGGACAUGCUGCUGAUGCAGGAAGACGAUAUCAAAGCGGAACCGCUGGAUGAUCUGCAUCACAUGCGGCACAUGGGAGAGGAACACGACUUAAUGGACGUUGAGUACUCGGGAGUCUAGUGGUGAGAGAAAAAUCUGCCGCCAGGUCGACCGCUGGAUGAGCAGAUUACCACACGUACUACCAGCCAUCAGAGCCAGUCACCGUCAACAAUGGUAUCCGGCUUGUUGACGCCGGUGUCAACGUCAUCGUUGUCAUCGUCGCUACCAUCGGUUCCACUGAGGUCGCAACCAUUGUUGCUACCGAAUGCGGCCAGCGCCACUCGGUCGUACCACCAGCAGUCACAGCUGCCGCAUCAGUGGCUUCCGACAGGGCUGCAAAGUCAACCGCAUGAAAGACAUGAUCCUAGCCAAUACUACUACUAUUACUACUACUGAUGACGAUAUGAAUAAGCAUAACUGAACGCUGAUGCUAGUGAAUAACAUGAAAUAGGGAUUCGGAAACCUCCAAAAGUCAAUGUACGUACGCACCGCAGUAUUUAGAACGCAAGAAAAGAAACAAGACAUGAUGCCGAAUUAUUUAAGUUUAGGUCCUAUGUUAUACUAUUCAGUUAAUGUUUCGUUCCUUUGUGAUAAGCACUUCAGUUUAAGUUCCGCUAAACUAUUGCUCAAAACUCUUCUCAAUCGAUUCAGUUCGGUAAGCGAAACCUAAAAUCUCAACAUUAUAUUUUUUUUUUUCAUAGAUCAAAAACAACCAACAAGCGCACCUUCAGGCACAUUAACACAUUAAACAUAAUAGAAAAAAAUAUCAAAGAUACCUUUUGAACAGAAUCAAAUAUUUUAGAGGAAAAAAUAGGAAAUUUAACUAAAAACAAAGUCUAUAUCGAAGCCAAAAGUACAAAAAACAAAUUGUUAACACGCAAAACAAACAAACAAAAACGACUGUUUGAACCACUUUUUACUAUCAGUUUCGUUUCUUUUCUAAAAAAAACUUUAAAAGUACUUGUCUUUUGGACUACUCCUGCAUUACUUUUCUUGAUUUUUUGCUGCUUAUAAGCUAACACGAAUGGUUAUAAGAGAAAAAAAAACAAACUGCUGAUAAUACUACAAGAACUGCUCUCGCUUCAUGAAAGUUUCCAAUUUGCUAACUUUGCUUGUUAAAAAAACUCAACUCGUACACUUUUUGCUAAAACACUAACGUUUUAAACAAGCAUGCUGUUAUAUUUUUGUAAAUAGUACCUAUUGUACCCUAAUUUCAAGCCAACAAUCUCACACGAACACACACACAUAUAUACUAAAUACGGCUCCUACAGCGUGUGAUUCCAGUGUGGUCUGAGAGAUCGUUCGUGAAAAGCAAACAAACACACACACACACAUGCAUUAAUGUUUAAGUCUUUUUCCUCUAUCUAGUAAGCCGAAGCUCGAUGAUUGCUGAAAAACGUAAAUCAUCUCUUAGUUUUAAUCGUUUUUACAUAAAUUCUGCACUUUCCUAUCAUAUUUUCCCCAAAACAUGUCUAGUUUAUUAGGUUCAGCGAAAUGGCGCAGAAUAACCGAAUGCACAUAUACAUUCAAAUAAGCGAACAAAAGAAAUUUCAAAGAAGAAAAAGUAUUAGUAUUUUAAUUAGUGUAGUUUUUUAUUUUGUUUUCUGGUAUUUUCGUAGUCUUUUUAUUAACAUUUUUUAUCAUUGAUCGUUUUUUCUCAUUUUCUAAUGAUGAAUUGAAACAAGUAAAAGACAUCAGCCGUAACUCGAAUCAGUUUUAUCAAAUAAACAAACUGAACAAAAACAUAGUAAGCUAGUGUUUCUGUUUUUCUUCUUUCUCUAAUGAAAAAGAAUCAAAUCAUCAUUUAUUUAAUCCUUUUAUUUAACUAUUUAUUGUGCAGUGAGGUCACAUAAUCAAAGACAAGCACACACACAUACAUGCAAACACAACUGCAUACAUACAUAUAUGCAAAAGUGAAUCUAUUCAAUGAAAAGUAAAAUGAACAAACACACUUAAGCGUAGAAAAGUAAAAGAUUAAAUUGUCAUUAAAUUAUGCAUUAGUUUUAGGGAUGAUUUUUUUGGUGUCCAAAAACGACCCAUCUGGUAUAAUCUUAAGUUUUAGUUAACAUCCGGAGCGUAACAAAAUAAAAGCGGACAUUUUGUGCGCAGAUUGCUUGGCCAUAACAAAAAGAAAACGCAGCAAAGAAGAAGGGUUAUAAGCAAGCCGAAAGCAUCUUUUUGUUCAUCUUCGUUAUCUUACACACUAGUUUUAAUCAGCCCCAAAAGAUAAUGAAAACCAAUAUAGUAGCUGUAAAAAACGUAGGAAUGUUAUUAAGUAAAACAAACAAAAAUGCAAAAAAAAAGAAGAAUGAGCGAAAUGUGCGGAAAGAUGUUGUCGUAGAAGCAAGAAAGAAGACAAAUUUGCCAUAUUGAUUAAAACAUGAAUAAACAAACAUGAAUAUAUGCGUAAAAUAAGGAAUACUCAACAGCCAGACCCGUGGAAAAUUAUUUUACACAUGAAUAAACUAGUUUUUUUGAAGCAAAGUUGUAGGAUUUGUUUUAUUUUUCCAUUCGUUAGUUUUUUAAAUUUUCUUUUAAGUUCAAUUUGAAAGAAAACAACACCCAAUAAAUUUUUACCCUUGAGUUUUUUUGGUUUCUUCGGUUUUUUUUUCAGAAAAACAGAAUUCCCCAAGAGAUUUUCUCCAAUAAACAUAAAAACAGCUUCCUUUAGGACGUUAUCAAUCAAUCUUACGCGACAAAAGAAUCGUAGUAUUUGUGCUGAUUUAUUGUAAACAGUUCUAUACAUAUACUGUAACCGCAAGCUGCAUAUGUGUUUAUUUUCUCAAACGUACUACAAGCAAAGUUCGUCAAAAGAUGCCAUAUUUUAAUGUAAAUUAUUGUUUAACAAAAACGUGGAUAAAAAUCAUUUAGACGCUGUAGAAUGAGAUAGGUAUAUACAUAUAUUUUUCAGGAAACCCAAGACAAAAUCGAAUGAAAAUAAAGCAAAAGACGCUAGAUAUUGUGAAAGAAAAUAAAAUACGUAUUGAUAACGAGAUAGGUUUGUAGAUUUUAAAGACUACUUUCCCUCAAUAACUAGUUGUAGACGCCGUCUAGGUAUAAGUAAGCAAGCAUCCAUUCUCUCCCAAAAAGAUGUUAGUUUGUAGACCUCAACUUAUGGAAUAUCUUGGGAGUUUUUGCAUUAUUUCUGUUUAUUUUCAUCAUUUUAUUCUAACACCUGCAGAAAACAUAAUCGAAUAAACUCAGAUGCUUAGAAGAAAUGAGCGAACUCUAUGAAACUAUUUACCAAUUAUGCAAAAAAUUACAUGUAUAUGCAAUGCCAAAACGGAGAGCAUGUUAUGUAAAAUUAUCUCUCAAGACGUAUAUUUUGUAGCAAUUAAAAGCAAUCACGAAAAAUAUAUGGAAACAAUGAGAAAUAAACAUAAAAAUGACAUGAAGAAACGAGUGUGAAAGAUCAAAAAAUCAAAUUGAAACGUCCUUUCCGCACGAAACAAUAAUUUCUUAAAGCGAGAAGAGAAGAUGAUAGGACAAACACUGACAUCUACCAACAACACCUACUCACACAUUCAGAAUGAUCUCAUAUCAUUAGUAAAGCAAGCGGGAACGAAUAUCGGCGACUGUUCUCGUCUAUUCGACUGUUCGAAUUCGAAUUCAAAUACAUAAAUGCAAAUGAAAACGACUUCAUUCAGUUCUUCUCGUUUCCAGUUCAAGUAGUAAGCAAACAUUAAAACAAACAUCCUAUUACAAGUAAAGUAAAUAAAUAUGUGAAGAAUAAACAAAGCAAAACCAUACUGCUCACACGGAUCAACUAACUCAAUCCAGAAAAACUGACGAGAGGAAAGUUCGCAAAAGAAAAGCUACUUUUGGAAGGAAAAACCAUUGCCCAAACUAUUGAAUAUUUGGCCGCUUCGCACGAACGCGAACUAGAAAUAUAUAUUGUGAGACACAUGGAAGAUUUACGUUGAACAAUGGAAAAAGAGCAGUCAAGACACGAGUAAAACAAUGAUACUAAUAAUUUAAAAGCAAAAAAAACUAGAAGGUCAGAAAUAUUAUACACGCAUAGGCGACAGUGGUGCAAAACGCGCAAGUGACGAAGUGAAACGGAAAAUAAGCAAGAAGAAACAAACAAUUAUUAUUAUGAACAUUAUUAUUAAAAUUAUUAUAUAUUCUUAUUAUAUUUAGUGGAGAAAAAUUAUGAAAGUGAUUUUUGAGACAUUAAGAAAAUAAAAAAAAAAACAUUGUAUAAAAUAA